CCGGGGUUUGACGAAACCAAGGCCUGCACCCUCCGCCGAUUCAAUCCUCCCCCCGUUUCCCAUUGUCAAUUAGGACCCUGGCCACCGUGCCAGCGUGCCAGAACACCAUGGUUUCCUCCUUUUGCUGGGGCUGCCUCACACGGCUGCGUCCAACACCCCCAGCUGUUAUUCCUCCGAUAUCAGCCCCGAAAGCAGCAUCAUUCCACACGUCCGCAGUUCGCCUCUCGGUCGUCAAGAAGAAGCAAUCUGUGCAAGGAGGGAGGUUCCGUGAGUCUAACUCUCCCAGGAUGAAACGGAAGAAGCCUGUCGACCGGGCACGACCACCUGCGGUCGGAGAACGCAAAGCGCUGCGCAAGCGUCUCGUUCUCAGCAACCCCAAUGCCCUCGAAAUUGAAGGCAUGCAGGAUGUUUCGGCGGAAACAAUGGUGGACCCGCGACUCCGCGGAUCUGUCCUCGGACUCCCCGUGCCGAUGCUCACCCAGCUGCGCGCGGUGGAAGCCUUUAAACCGACGCAGGGCUGGUCGAUAUUCCGUCGCCCCGGAACUGUGGUCAGACAGGAGACACUGGAGUUGGGUCGAUUGAUUGACGGCAUUUCCGAUGAGGGUGAGAACAAAGGGAAAUCCGUGAAGAAGAUUGUCACUGGUGUGAGAGGAUCCGGAAAAAGUGUUCACCUACUGCAAGCCAUGUCGAUGGCUUUCACCAAGAAGUGGGUUGUCUUUACUGUCCCUGAGCCCCAAGAUCUAGUCAUUGCGCACACUGGCUACGCGCCACUCUCCGAUGAGACGCCCGACUUGUACGUUCAGAACGCAGCAACCGCCGCCCUUCUUUCUCGCACGGUGUCCGCCAAUGAAGAGGUUCUCAAUGGUCUCAAAGUGUCUCAAAACCACCCGGCUCUCAAAUCCGCCGUGAAGCCUGGCAUGACGCUCGCCGAAUUCGCCCGGCUGGGUACUCAGGACCUUGCCAUUGCUUGGAAUGUCUUCCAGGGAUUGUGGUCCGAGCUCACCGCGACUUCUGCGGCUCCUGGGUUAGAGAAGGACUUCAAGCCUCGCCCUCCCAUGCUCGUGACUGCGGACGGCCUGGCUCACUGGAUGAAAGACACGCAGUACCGCACCACCGAGCUCAAGCCCAUCCAUGCCCAUGAUUUCGUUUUCGUGCGCCAUUUCCUUUCGCUCUUGAAGCCUGGGACCGAAAAGCCAACUUUCCCUAAUGGCGGACUGCUUUUGUACGCCACGUCAGCCUCCAACAACCCCAGCGUCUACAGUUUCGACGUUGCCCUGAAGCAAGUCGAGGCCCGCCACGCCGGUGUCAAACCUUCGGCGUCUGAGUUCCCUCAGGCCGACCCUUACAGCGGGGCAGACCAACGGGUUAUCGAUGCCUUCGACUCCCCCAAACCCACCGUCGCCAAGGAGGAGAUGCUGGAGCUCCAAACGCUUAGCGGGCUCAGCCGGGACGAAGCCCGUGGCUUCCUGGAAUACUUUGCACGCAGCGGCAUUCUGCAGGAGAACAUCAACGAAGAGUGGGUGGGUGAGAAGUGGAGCUUGGCCGGUGGCGGCGUGAUCGGCGAACUCGAGAAGCUGGGAAGACGCUUGAGAACCAUGGCAUGAGUGACGCCGAGGUUGCGCUUGAAAGAUGACUUGGGUUUUCAUUUUGUGCCAUUAUCCUUUUGUUAUUUCACCCCUUUCCUAUUGUUGUUUCUAGACCUGUCCCCAGUCCUGCGUGAUGCCCAGCUCUGUCUAUUCUGUUCUGUCAUUGGAAUGGGGGAUUGGCUUUAGCCAAGCUAUCUGUACUCUACUUGUGAUGUUGGGCCUUUUGCGUGGUUUUCUGUAUGCAUAUAAUGGAAUUUGAAAAAGACAUGUUGAUACUCC